GACCAAUGGUAGAGAGGAUCCCCUCAGAACGGAGCAGUGACGUCGGCGGGCCUUUGGACGGUGCUGGCGCAGCGGUAUCCGCUCUCCGGUGUGUGUGGAGAGCAAAGUAAAUGGGGGGAGUCUGAGUGAACCGGCGGACAUGCCCAGCCCCGGGUGACCGAGCAGCGCCGAGCUUCCCCCCCCCUUCCCUACCUCGCAGUCCAGUCAUGUCCGCCGCCAGCGGCUACAGCGACCUGCGGGAGAAACUGCAGUCCCGGGAGGUGAGGAAGAGGAAGCAGCCGGCCUCGGACACGGAGGAAGAGGAGGCGGAGCUGGAAGAAGGAGAAGAAGAAGAAGGCGAAGAAGUGGAGGAGGAGGAGGCGCGGAAGGUGCGGAGCGGGGUCCGCCAGGUGCGGCUCUUCUCCCCGGAGGAAUGUGCCGGUAUCGAGGCCAAGAUAGACGAGGUGGUGGCCCGGGCCGAGAAGGGGCUGUACCGGGAUCACACGGUGGACCGAGCGCCGCUCCGCAACAAGUACUUCUUCGGGGAAGGAUACACGUACGGGGCCCAGCUACAGAGGAGGGGCCCCGGGCAGGAGCGGCUCUACCCCAGGGGUGAAGUGGAUGAUAUCCCGGACUGGGUACACGAGCUGGUCAUCCGUCGCCUGGUGGAGCACCGCCUCAUCCCCGACGGCUUUGUAAACAGCGCUGUCAUCAAUGACUAUCAGCCCGGCGGUUGUAUAGUCUCUCACGUGGACCCUAUCCACAUCUUCGAGCGACCCAUCGUCUCCGUGUCAUUCUUCAGCGACUCAGCCUUGUGCUUCGGCUGCAAGUUUCAGUUCAAGCCCAUCCGCGUGUCUGAGCCUGUGCUCUUCUUGCCCGUGCGAAGGGGCAGCGUCACCUUGCUCAGUGGGUACGCAGCAGAUGAAAUCACACACUGCAUUAGACCUCAAGACAUAAAGGAGAGACGUGCUGUGGUAAUACUUAGAAAAACUAGAAAUGAGGCUCCACGUUUGGAAAAGGCCCUAAGUGGAGUUUAUCAUCCUGAACGACUGUCUGGGAACAACAGGCAGCAUGUCCUGAAACCAAAACGCUCCCACCGCAAAGCCGAUCCAGACGCAGCGCACAGACCUCGUAUUCUUGAAAUGGAUAAAGAAGAAAACCGAAGAUCUGUAGUUUUACCAAAACCAAGGAGAAGGAGUAUUGUCAGCUCUGAGAACUAUUGGAGGAGGCCCUACGAGUAUGUGGACAGCUACACAGACACGGGGGAGGACGAGGGGAGCCCGGCCCGCAAAGUAAAAAUGAGGCGACACUGAGGAAUCUCUUCCACGGACUCCGGUCCCCAGUCGCUGGACUGUGGAACUACCUGUAUAUUUUCUUUUUUUCCCCCCUCCGCCAAGGCGGCGUUGGAAGACAUGGUCUCCUCUGUGUCAAUGCAACGUGUUCUGGAUCCUGUCUUUCUCACUUUCCAGCAUGUUUCUGACGUGCGUUUGGGUUUAUGCCAGCAGAGGACCCUCUUGAAUUCUACUUAAAGGGGAGCGAGCAGCGGUCUUGUACAGCAUUGAUCCUAACUGCUGAUGGGUUUACAGGCUGCAUAUUGGCAGCAGCUUGAAUGGCACUGAAGGAAAGUACUGUUUAUGUUGAAAGUGAAAGAUUCCAGCACUCUCAAGGGACACUUCAGUUGACAACAUUUAAUUUGUUUCAACAGUUUGUGUUAUUUUUUCUUUUUCUUCUUUAUUUUUGUUUUAGUCCCUGUGAGUAAGAGAGAAGAGAGUAAGAGUGGUCACUGAGGUGUCAAGGACUGACGAGGUGUCAGGUGGCGUGUGCUCCGCCCUCUGAGGUAGGAGCAGGUGUACACGCCUCUUCUCGCCCUCUGUCCUUCUUAUUAUAUAAAUUAAAAAAUAAUGGUUAGGAAAAAGUCUGCAAUGUUUUUUGAACAAUUCCGUAUGCUACAAGAGAAAUCCAGAUGUUUUAUUUCUAGCAAUAUAAGCACUAAUAAUAAAGUAUAUAAGCAGAUUUGUUUAUUCUGUACUGGCUCCGGCUGUCUGUAAAUUAUCAAAUUAAAUUCUGUUUUUGCUCAG